AUGCCAUCGCGUAUGGUUCAACGUUCAGGCUCUGCUACAAUGCACCAGCUACCGCGACAAAUCAAAAAAGUAUCAGUUCCUAUAGUACCUGAUCUUGGUAUUCAGAAGUGUGGUGCAUACGAGGAAAAUAUCAGUAAGGCUAUGGUUAAAGGAGAUUUGCAUCAUAUAGUGCGCUAUUUACCUCGAGAGCGCAGAAGUGGUAGCUUACGAGAAACUGAAGCCUUUUAUCUACACAGAAAUUCAAAUGGUUUAUAUCUACCAUCCACCAGUCUGUCAGAGUUAACAGUAUCUUCAACUUUAUGCUCCAGAGGCGAUUUACAUUCCGAUCAUACAUUCAGACGUGGCAAAAAGGGCGCUAAUGGCACAGAUGUAAGAUUUCAUUCUCAUGGCCGCUCGGAUUUGCUACUUGCUCAUAUAUUCAUAGAUACAAAGUGGAUAACAAGAAAGAGGCAGUAA